AUACUACGCAUCGUACUUACGCGAAGGUGGGGGUGGUUAGCGCAGUGAACAACAGGCAGCUACGAAGAAAACUAGCAGUUACUGGCAAUCACUAGCAGGUUUCAUAGCGGAUUCUAAGCUUUCCAAUUAAUCAGAGUGUCGCAUUCCUGAGGAUAAAGUUGCAGAAGCCUUUCUCGAGUCGCCUGCCUUCCAUCGGAUCGAUACGCCGAUUUAGCUUGGUCCAAGUAUGUGCUCGUUUUGGCCGUCUAUGUUUAUGGUCAUCAUUCACGUCGAUUGACAGCUGUCAAUCCCUCAUUCGGGUCGCCAGUGAGUCACCGUAUCAACAGCCGAAGGCCUCUUCAGACGAGUCCUGAACAGUAGCCUAAAACGAGCUAACUAAGCUCCACGGGCACUAAGCCGCACGGGACGAUCAUCAUCCCCAUAGCACACGCACACUCUUAUUAGCGAUUGCUUCUAUAAGUCCCGCGAGUGUGGUGUUACAAGUGGAUUCUUGCAUUGCAGCGAUAUCGCCGGCAUGGCGUCCAGCUCCGUCAGUCAGGAAGAUUUUGACAAUGAUUUCGAGUUGACAUCCAGGCGGUCCAGGAUCAGGACUGCUAGAGCUAGAGUGGGUCCGCCUAGAACAGAUGUGUCUUCCAUAAGUUUUCAAAAGAGUACGCCUGAUAUGGAAGAAUCGCAAGGUGCUUACGAUACAAGUUCCAACCCUAUGCUUCUAUCCGAACAUGAUAAUUUGCAGAGCAAACCUAUAAUAAGGAAGCAGGAUAAACGCGUAAGCGGCCGUGUCUUUAGUGUCGUAUCCUGUUUGCACAGGCCAACGCAUAUAAACAAGGGGAAGCAGCAACGCGAUCGACGGAAACUACGAGAAAAACGGCGUAGCACAGGAGUCGUGCAUUUACCGUCGACAGAGAGUACCGGUGGUAGUACAGGAGAAGAUGAGGAAGAACUUACUGGCACUUGCCUUGAAACUAAGCAUAACACGCAUCAUAAUGAAUUCCUUGAUCAUGAUUUGAUAGAAGACCGGACUGCCAGAAUAUACACACAAAGGCGAAAUAAAAGUCACUCGGAUUUGGAGGCCGACGACGAGGAAUUUGAUUCUCUCAAUCAAUCCGAUAGCAUUAAUCAAUCGGACCAUGGCAAUCACGAACCGCAGACGUCUGUCAAUGCGACCAGUAGACCGAGAUUGCCAACACCAACCGGCGACAAUCCGCACGAAUUAAUCGAACGAGCGCAAGAGGAAAACAGGAGGCUGCUGUCCCUUUUGGAGGACCGGGACCAUAAAAUUAUGGCGCUCGAGGCUCGCCUUUUGAAGCAACAACAUGAAAUGGCUGUGGAACGGGAACGGCUUCGCGAAGAGAACGCUACGUUGAUUCGCGCGAUGGCGGCAUUAGCCAGCAAUUAAUCUUCUUCGUGUAAUAAAAACCUAAUGCCUUCUUGGCUUUUUGCUCUUUAUGAUAAUCGCCGAGCUGCAGGAUGAACCGUAAGUCGCGCACCGCGUUAAUUAUUUUGAUUAUUAUUAUAUAUAUUUUGUUUUAUUCUCUCUUCUCUCACCUGUCGUAGCAAGAACAAUUUAUUUAUCUUUUCGUUGAAAUCUAAUAUUAUUUUUGCAUUGAAUCUCUCCCAAUUUUUCGAUUGUUGGGAAAUUUGCAACCAUUACAGGGUGAACGACUGAAAAUCGCGUAUUGCGUUAUCUAUUUUAAUCAUUGUUGAUAUAUUGUGAUAUACAUAUUUUUAUGUAGUACAUAAUACAAAAGUCAAAGAACAAUCUA